AUGGAUCGCCAUGGCAUUGGCACUGAUGCCUCCAUGGCAUCACAUGUUGGCAACGUCCAGAAGAGGAAGUAUGUACAGCUGGACGCGCAGACGCGGCAGAUGCGGCCCUCGGAGUUGGGCUUGGCUCUGUGCCACAGCUACAUGCUCAUCGAUCCCGAGCUGGUGCUUCCCACCGUGCGGGCAUCCAUCGAGAACGCCUGCGCCCGGGUGGCGAGGGGUGAGGCGCGCAAACCCCACGUCGUGGAGCAUAGCCUUCGAACCUUCAAGAACAAGUUCUAUGGUUUCGCCCGGCAAAUUGACCGGGUACCACUGAUGCUCGCUUUGGCCUACAGCCUGAGUGGUCCUGCCGGCGGCAUGUCUCAAGGACGCGCCGGACAAAGCCUGGGCCUCUGGCAUGAGGCCGCUGCGCGCACGGCGCGCGUCUCCCUCGAGGAUUUGCUAAGCCUCCGAGACGAAGCCAUGGUCUCCGAGACACCAGAAGGUGCUUUCGACCUCCAGCAAGUCCUUGCAGACAACCCCGCGGUGCGGCAAGUGCAGGCAGCACUGGAAGAGCUUGGCUUUUCAGCAGAGGGUCCAGAGCACGCGCCUGCGCCUGAAGGCGACAGAGGCCACCGCGGUGGCAAGCGAAAGGGCGGCAAGGGCGGCAAGGGCAGCAAGGGCGCCUCGAGCAAGGGCAAGGGCAAGGGCAAGGGCGGAGAUGCAGGCUGGUACCAGUAG